AUGCUACAAUACACAUGUGAUCCACUAAUUGGCAUUUCAAAGCUUUUUUUUUUAUAUUAUUUAUACUACACUACAGGUUUAGUAGCUGUUGGUUUUGUAAGCGUGAUCAUAUUAAGUUUGAUAAUUCUGCUUUUCCAUAAACGGAGAAACAGACCUUCGGACGACCAAAGCCAAUCAAGAAAAAAUCAUUGUAGUCCUACUCCUAACUCAAAUUCAAUCCCAGAGAGUGGCAGUAAGUUGUUUGGAAUCCCUGUCUUCUCCUAUACAGAGCUAGAGAAAGCAACAACAAAUUUUGAUGAAGCUAAAGAACUUGGAAGUGGAGGCUUUGGGACUGUUUACUACGGAAAGCUCAAUGAUGGACGAGAAGUAGCUGUGAAGCGCCUAUACGAGCACCACUACAGACGGAUGGAACAGUUUAUGAAUGAAAUAGAGAUCCUGACACGUCUGCGACACAAAAAUCUCGUGUCCCUUUAUGGCUGCAGUUCACGGCAACACCGUGGACUACUGCUUGUGUAUGAAUAUGUACCAAACGGCACUGUUGCAUCUCAUCUGCAUGGUGAUUCAGCCAAGGCUAGCUUCUUGCCGUGGCACAUUCGAAUGAGAAUUGCCAUAGAAACUGCGAGUGCAUUGACUUAUCUGCAUGCUAGUAGCAUCAUUCACCGCGAUGUGAAAACCAACAACAUUUUACUUGACAACAAUUUUUGUGUUAAGGUUGCAGAUUUCGGGCUUUCGAGACUGUUCCCCAACAAUGUGACACAUGUUUCCACGGCUCCACAAGGAACACCGGGGUAUGUUGACCCUGCAUAUCACCAAUGCUACCAGCUAACGAACAAGAGUGAUGUGUAUAGCUUUGGGGUUGUGCUUGUUGAGUUGAUAUCAUCUCUCAAAGCAGUUGAUAUAACAAGGAGUAGGGAUGAGAUCAACUUGUCAAAUUUGGCCAUAAAGAAGAUAAAAAAUGGUGCAUUUAGUGAACUGGUGGAUCCUUCCCUUGGCUUUGAAUUGGAUAAAGAAAUUAAGAGGAAGACAUUUUCAGUGGCGGCAUUGGCUUUUCAAUGUUUGCAAGAGGACAAGGAUUUGAGACCUUCCAUGGUGGAAGUUUUGGAGUCACUCAAGAAAAUUGAAGGUGGGGGAGGAUGAGCCAAGCAUCAAGAGGAAGCACAAGUUCGAGGUGCUACAACCUCCCUGUGAUGACAAUACACAAUUGACACCACAAUGCCUUCUCAAAAGAACAGUCCGAGUUUUAUUUUAACUGAUAAGGGGAUUGUAGUCUACUACACCAAAUGUUAGUUAUUAGCCACUUAGAGUAUUUGAUUGCUCGAUAUUUUUUCUAUUCUAGUAUUUUUUUUUUACGGAAAUGGUUCAUGUA